GCGGCGGGGCUGGGCCGCGGGGCUCCGGGGCUCUGCUGGAAGGCUGCGCAGUCCCUGCUCCGUCCCGGGGCGUCCUGUGUGGUGGUGCCGGUGAGGAGCAGGAGGAAGGGCCCGUGGGUGCCCCAGUGGGCCCGGGAGCUGAGCCCUGAGGAGCGGCAGAGGCGGCUCAAGGCCGCGGCUCCCAUCUUCCCGGACGAGCGCAUCGAGAGAACUUUCUACUUGGCGUGCACGGCUGAAAUCAUGGAUCCCUACGUCCCUCCUGAGGGCGAUGCCCGCCUCACCUCGCUGUCCAAGGACGGGGUCAAGCAGCAGAUGCAGAAGCUGAGGCAGACAGCGGCCUCCCAGCUGGCCCUGCGGAAAAUCAAGGAUCACGACCCGGAUUUCAGCACCAGAACCUUCCCUGAGAAAGCCCAGGAGAUUUUUAUCGAGGCCCACAACUCCCUGGCAAACUUUAACAAGCAGAAGCUUCACUCCCUGGUGACCGAGCGCUGCUACCCCGACAUGGUGCGUGGGAACAGGUACAGAACCAUCCGCUGGAGGUUCCUGGAGUCGCUGGAGCCGCCCAGGGUGGUGCACGUGCGCUGUGAGGGCGUCAUGAACCGCGGCAACCUCUACGGGCAGGUGACGGUGAGGAUGCACAGCCGCCAGGUGAGCCCUGGGAGAGGGACCUGGAACCUCAUCUUCAUCCCCGUCCCUGUCCUCAUCCCCGUCCCCAUCCUCAUCCCGUCCUCGUCCCUGUCCCCGUCCCCAUCCUCAUCCUGGAUUUUGGAGAAGAAGGAGGGGAGAAUUCCAGCGGAAUUCAAGGCUUCCCAUCUCAUUCCCUUCUCCUGCCUCCACCUGAUCCCCUUUUUUUUUUCCCUUUCCAGAACCCUCUGCUCCCCUUUUUUUCCUGCUGAUUUUUGUCCCUUGCUUUUCCAGACACUGAUGAUUCCCGCCCCAGCCCCGGAUCCCUCACAGGAGCACGAAAAAGUGAAGUAGAAAGUUCUGGAAGGUAGACAGCAACAGCAAAACCAGCUGGGAGGGGAGGACUGGGAACGUGUUGGGAGAAAAUCCGGGAAUGGGCUCCGGCCACUCCCAAAUUUGUCCUCCAAGGAGCCAGAGGGGCUCAGGAGCGGGGUCUGGAUGAGCUCUGGGGGGAGCUGGGCUCUGUCCCGUGUGCUGCAGCCUCACCCUGAGGAUGAGGAGCCUCAGGAGCAUCCUCUGUCCUGGAAUUCCAUGGGAGAGCCCUUGGAAUAUUUGUCACCUCCAUGGGAGGUGCCACAGACGUGCUGCUCAUUAAAGCUUCACCUGUGGCUGUUGGCUCGAGUUCUUUCCCAUCUCUACUGAUUGCCAAACUCCUUUUUUUUUUAACUUUAAAUAAAGUUUUGUGCUGAGGUGGGUGCUGCCAUUGCAAAAA